AAAUAAAUCAGAUUCGGGAAUGAUGCCAAUACAAUCAGUCAUUAAGUAAUACUUCGUAGCGUUAAGUGGUGUAUUUUCGAUACAAUGAUCAUUAAAAAGAUAUCUGUUUUAAUAGUGUUCUUAGUUCUUUUAAGUAAUGUAAGUGGAGAAGAAACCAAAGUUAGCUUGACGUUUGUAAUCGAUAACACCUAUUCCAUGAAUGAAGACAUUGAAGAAGUUAAGAGAAGAACUGACGAUGUUUUCAACGCUGUACUUAACUCCAAUAUAUCACUAAUAGAUGAGUUCAUUAUCGUGACUUUCAAUGAUCCUAAGACGGGUUGGAAUGUAGAAUCUGCAACUUUACGAGUGAAAACAAAUAGGCGUGACUUAUUCAAAGAAGCUUUACAUAAAAUAAAGGUAUUUGGUGGUGAUGAUUGUCCAGAAAUGUCCAUGACAGGGAUCGAACUUGGACUAAAUACGAGCAAACCGCACUCAUAUUUGUAUGUCUUCACCGACGCAGACGCCCUGGAUUAUAAGAAAUAUAACUAUGUAAAGAGUUUGGCACUGGAAAAAUCUAUUCAGGUGACUUUCCUUCUGACCGGCCAAUGUGAAACAGGCAUAGUGGAAAAGCAGAGAUAUGUAUACAACAAUCUAGCUACAGCUACUUCAGGACAGGUGUUUCAUAUUAAAAAACAAGAGAUAAGCAAGAUAAUUGAAUAUAUUUUAGUAAAUUUAAGAAAUAAAAGAACUACCCUUCUACGGAAAUGUUUCAAGAAUGACGCCGAGUGUGGAAAUAAACACAGUUUUACAGUGGACAGCAAGCUGUGGGAAAUCGUUAUAGCUCUAUCGGCACCAAAGCCUAUAGUUGAUGACGACAUCAAUGUGACCGGACCAGACGGUACACCAGUGGAGGUUCAACAAUUAGUAUCAUCCCAGAACACAACAAUCGUGAAAUUAAAAGAUGAAGUGGGUAAAUAUAGCAUAAGUAUACCCAAUUGUCAUGAUGUCACAGUCCUAAUAACAGCUUCAACAUCUAUAAGUUUCCAGUACGGCUUUUCUUCUGAUAAGCCACAUUGUUUAGACGAGACAUAUAGGAAACCUGUUCAAGACAUCAAAUCUUAUUUGGCUAUAGAACUAGAUAAUAAAGAACGAGAUGUUACUCUAAAAAAUGUUGAACUAUGGGACAUUGACGAUGAGUUUAUUGUAGAAUUACCUCUUAAAUUAAUAGACUCCGAUCGCCAGCUGUAUAUCACAGAAACAAAAUUUUCUGCACCUCACCAGACGUUUAAAAUUGCGGUAAAAGGAUUAACAGAAUCAAAAGAAUUAAUAACAAGAGUAUCUCCAACAACAAUAGAAUAUGAAAGAGUAACAAAAAAGCCAGCGAAAGUGACAAUUUUGGGGGCAAAAAAAGUGUUCGUAAAAUUGGACGAGCCUUUAGAACUCAAAUGUAAGGUUUAUGGAUAUCCUCAGCCACUUGUUACGUGGGAAGAUAAAUACAAUAACACUAUGAAUUCCUCGAUAAGUACAAUAGCUCUAGGCGAGUAUAUAAGUACUCUUCACAUAGAUAAUGUAAUUGAAAGUACUAUAUUUACCUGUAAAGCCAAAAAUUUUAUAAUCGACGCAGACAAUGUUACAGUUAUAACAAAAAAUAAAUUUAUUGUCAUAGAAUAUCCAAAAGAUGUCGCUGUAAUUUACGGCAAAUCCGUUGAACUAAGUUUGAAAAUUGAUGCAAUACCACCAGCAACUAUUAACUGGUAUCAAGGUGGUAAAGAAAUUAUUAAUAUUGAGAACAUAGAAAUCAAAACUUCUUCCGACAAUUCUGUUUUCAAAAUUAAAAAUGCGAAACCAAAACUUGGUGGAAAAUAUUACGUGAAAGUCACUAAUGGAGAAAAAAAUGUAGAGUAUGAAUUCAAUGUUGUUGUAACCGAUGCAGAAAUACCAAAAAUUGACAAAAAUAUUCGUAACUAUACAAAAGAUAAGGAUUCAAGUGUGGAUAUAAUAUGCAGGAUUAUAAAGGGUAAACCUAAACCAGCCAUUUCAUGGUCAUUUGAUCGUAAUUUUCAAGGAAAAUUUAGCAAUUUAAAUGAAACCACUCAAACCAUUCACAUUAAUCGUGUUACACAAGAAAAAGUUGGCACAUAUAAAUGCAAGGCUGUAAAUGAUUUAGGAAAUGAUACCCACUCUAUGGAACUGAAUGUUCAAUAUCGACCGACGGUGGAAGUGAAACCAAGAAGGACAUAUGAUGCUAAAAAUGGCACAAAAGUUAAACUUUCGUGUUUGGUCGACGGUUCGCCAAUUCCUAAAGUUCGAUGGCUCGUAGGGGAUAAAGAAAUAAAAGAUGAUGAAAAAUAUAAAAUAUACCGAGACCAUGCCUUAAGUUUCACAGGUUCUAUUAAAGACUCUGGAAGUUAUGUCUGUGAAGCCUCAAACUCUUUGGGAACAGAACGUAGAAACGUAACUGUUGAAUUCUAUGAGCCAGUCAAAAUUGAUAUUCCAUAUAAGACCACCUUCGACGCCGACCUGCGAAGCACACUGAUCUUGUCAUGCCGCGCAAAUGGUAAUCCAAAGCCGAAAGUGGUGUGGUGGAGGUCUCCUAUUGUGAAUAAUAUACCUGUAACACCUAUAAGAGUCGAGUGUGACGAAAAUAAUAACGUAAUAUUAGAAAACAUCCAAUCUAAUGAUGAGGGGCAAUACUUCUGCAGGGCAGAUAACAAUUAUAGUAGUCAAACAUUAACAUACACAGUUAACGUUCCAGUGCCAGUUUCUAUAUUAAAACUGUUACAAAACACCAUAGAUGUUGUGGAAGGAGAUGCGCGAUUUCAAUUACAAUGCAUAGUAUGGGGUAGCCCAAAACCAACUGUAAGAUGGAUAUAUAAUGGUAUUACUAUUACAGAUGGCGGGAGCUAUGAAAUUAAAAACGAUUAUACACUUGUAGUAAAGAACGUCAGCUCGAAAUCCGGAGGUACCUAUAGUUGCAAAGCGGAAAACACAGGCGGCAACGAUACUAUCGAAUACGAAGUGAAUGUUCAUCCAUAUCCACCGAGAGACGAUUAUGCCACUGAUACAACGUAUCUUCUAGAAGGAAACGGAACACAUAAUAUACCUUGCGGAACAGAGUUAAGUGAAGGUGAUUUAGUUCGAUGGUUUAAGGAUGGACAUCUGCUCAGGACUGGUGAACUAACACUAAUAAACGUGACGAAGGCAGAUGUCGGUCAUUACAUAUGCCGAAUAAGUAAAUCAAAGUACUCUUAUUCAUAUCAUAAAAGAAUUUUACUUGGAACUGAAGCGAAAUUUGUCACUGGAGGAAACACUAUACAAAUUACUUUUGAGGAAGGAGCAGAAGCACAAUUGGAUUGCAGUGCUACUGGAGAUCCACCACCUAAAACUGUAUGGUAUAGGAAAAUCCAUAGAAUAGAGGGUAUAACCACAAGUCGGUAUUCGAUUUUAAUGAACAAUAAUAAUAUUUAUAAUUGGAAAAACAUUAUGUGCUCUGUGUCCAAUGUAUUUGGUACUAUCAAACGGUAUUUUGAAAUUGUUGAAGAAGCGUGCCUUAUGAGUUUGGAAGACGAUUUUACUUCACGACAACCCAUAUUGACAAUGGGAAAUAAUAAACGAAGUUGGCCAGUUUUUCCAGUAUCUAAUGGAUCUUUACAAAUGUUGAAGCACAGAAAUUUCACAUUUUUCUGUCCUGACUCCUAUAUAUCGUAUAAAAAUGAAAAUUAUGGUGACCGCAUGAUAACGUAUUGUGUAGGUGAUUCAAUGUUUUACUUAGAAGGAAAAGCAGUGUCAGCUUCUGAAAUCACUUGCAAUAAGAGCAUAGUGCCACUAGCGAAAAAUUUUAAUCGACCCUGUCGGGGAAGCGAUACUACGCUAAUGGCUGUUGGUUUCGACGUAGGCGGGUCCUUUAUGCCUGUAUAUAGAGUUUGCUUUGACAACAUUACGAAGACACCAUUGUAUGUAGAACACGAUAUCCAUAAGUCUAUUGCAAAUAUGACACCAAAACAUAAAGCUGAAUACACUAGAAGCAGCUAUCUGACAUUGGAAUACGAAGAUAUUUAUGAUUGCAGAAAUCAAAUCGAUCCAAUAUCAUCGUAUAUUGGCAAAUCGUUAAAAAGUGAUGAAAAGUGUUGCUUCAAGCGAAGACAAUUAGUGAACCCAAAAGAUGUGCUUCCAGGAGUAGCUCAAGUGGCAACAUAUCACAAUUUAAAUGUUGUACCUCAAUGGAGCAGUUGCGGAUCAGAAAAUUGGGAUGAAGUUGAACGUCGUGUUAGAAUGUAUGCCAUAAAUACAAAUGGUACAGUUAAAAUGUGGACAGGUGCUACAUCUGUAAAACACGAAAUUCCAGCGAUAUAUUUAAAGGACAAGUUGAACCAGAAACUGCAAGUACCUCAGUACAUAUGGAGGGUGGUUCAAGGUCAAUUAGCGGUGAUCCACGUCAACGUUCCUAACUUAACGUUGUCUACUGCAUUAUCUUACAUCCUAUGCGAGGAUAUCUGCAACACAAUACCUUGGAUGAUGUACGAGCAUUGGCGAGACCUUGACAAAGGUUUCAUCUACUGCUGCAAAUUAAAGGACUUUGAAGAAGCCUUCGACUACUAUGGUUACCAAUGUUUUAAAUGAUUCAUUGUCUAGCGAAAUGUUUGGAUAAGCUUUAUUUAUUUUACAAAAGUUUCACGUAAUUACUAUUUUCAUUACCAUCAUCAUCAUCAUCAUCAUCAUCAUAAUCAUCAUCAUCAUUCAUAUAACCCAAUGGACGACCAUAGGACAAACACCUUUUGUUGGGCCUUCCAAUUCCAACAUCCUGAGCGGCUUCCUACAAUACAUAUAAUGCCGCCGCUUUUCUGUGUCGGGUCACUGAUAAAGUACCUUUGGACCUUGGGACCCAACGUCUAUCCACUCUUCAAACUACUUAUUUAA